CCCCUGAUUGGCCCCGGCACCUAUACGCAAAAGAAAACGAGGAGAGGUGGCUGACAGAUGAAAAGCACGGAACCCGCUGAUAAAGUGUUGUGGCGGAGAAAGGAGCUGUAUUGUCGCAGAGGUCCUAAGGUGGAAACCUGUUGCUCUUUGAGGAAGAAUGUACUGCAGGGGUGUGUGCUGUAACCACUGGUCUUCUGAGGAGAGGUUAGAUGGGAAAACAGUGGUCAUCACUGGAGCCAACACUGGUAUAGGCAAAGAAACUGCCAAGGACCUGGCAAGAAGAGGUGCACGCAUCAUCAUGGCGUGCAGAGACCUCGAGAGGGCAGAGGAGGCACGGACGGACAUUUUGGAAGACACAGGAAAUGAGAACGUGGUCAUCAGGAAACUUGAUCUGUCUGACACCAAGUCCAUCAGGGCCUUUGCUGAAGUUGUUAUCAAAGAGGAAAAACAAGUGAAUAUCCUGAUAAACAACGCAGGCAUUAUGAUGUGUCCCUACUCCAAGACGGUUGAUGGGUUUGAAAUGCAGCUAGGUGUCAAUCACUUGGGUCACGUCCUGCUGACUUACUUACUCUUGGACCUUAUCAAGCGUUCUGCUCCGGCCCGUAUUGUCGUGGUGGCAUCGGUGGCCCAUACCUGGACUGGGCUUCGACUGGAUGAUAUCAACAGUGAGAAGAGUUACGAUGCUAUGAAGGCCUACGGACAGAGCAAACUGGCUAACGUCCUCUUUGCACGCUCACUCGCAAAAAGGUUGCAAGGUACAGGGGUGAGCGUCUUCUCUCUGCACCCAGGGGUGGUUCAGUCUGACCUGUGGAGGCACCAGCACCAAUGUAUCCAAGUGGCGGUGAAGAUCUUCAAGGUUUUCACCAAGACCACAGUGGAGGGAGCGCAGACUACCAUUUACUGUGCUGCAGAGCCAGGUCUAGAGAGCCUGAGCGGAGGGUACUUCAGUGACUGCGCCACUGCAAGGUGCUCAAGAACCGCCUCUGAUGAUGACUUGGCGCAGAAACUGUGGGAGGUCAGCUGUAACAUGCUCGGCAUCACCUGGCAGUGAAGACACUGUGUGUGAAAACAUCAUACUUUAAACAGCACUGCUAAGCAGUUUUAUACAUGUAUUAAUGUUACUGUUUAAAAGAAAAGUAACAGGAUUGCUCCAAAGACCAUUUUAUUUUGUAAAUGAUCUAAAAAAGCUGUACAUUGUAUGUUUUGGUGGGAAAAAGUGUUAUUAAAAAGUGCAUGAUGCUUAUUUCUGUGAGGGCAUAUCUUGUUCAUUCCAGUCUUGAACAGCGAGAUAGAGCAAAGUGUGGAUCUGGUUCUGAUCAGUAAAACUCAGAUCAUUAUGAAUGCUUGCAGUUCUACCUUUCCUCCUAACAGUAGAAAGAACUAUUUACAGCAUGGACACAUAUGGUUGUAAGUGUCAGCAUGUAAGAGUAACAACUACAUUGCAAAAUUUUGCUCGUUUGUAACCUAUAGACAUGUUAUGUGAUGUGACAUGUGUGCUUUGACACUAUGACACUGAGAUGAGUAGGCUAAGUAUAAUGAAGAAAGGAAAGAAAAGUCAUUAUAAAGCAAAUGCCAGAAUGCUGUUUAGAAAUCACAUCUUAAUCUGCAUCACAUGAGGGAGGAUUUAGUGCCUAAGGAAUGUGGAAUAAGAUAAGCCCAUGACCAGUAAUCUGUCUGAACAAUGUGUGCAUUCUGAUUUAGAUAUACAGUCUCUGAAAAAAAGGAUCUAGAACCCCUGAUUGUAAUUUUAUGGAUUUAAAUAUGUG